GACUGAAAGACGGUUGCUGGAGUGUCUUAGUAGAGACCUUUGUGGCAACCUGCUGUUUCUACGUUAGGUUUGUAUAGUAUUACUUCAUCCAACGAAAGGGGUAGCUAGUUAAAUAGAUUUCCUGUUUUGGCCCAAAGUUUGUUGCUAAUAACCUAGUUCGCGUUAAUUUCAUUAUUCAUAUAAAGUAGGUGGUUAGUGGCUAAUACAGAGAUACCGUCAUGGCAUAUAUGCUUUCUGGUCGGUUUAGUUUGUUACUUAAAGAUUCUAGGAGUCUGGUGUGUUUAAGCAGUACGGUUGCAUCCUCCGGACAAUCUAAUAGCAACCGGAGCUACAGCACUAAAGACGGCCCUGAUUCUGAGUAUUUGCACAAAAGCAUUGUACCAACAAUGCACUAUCAGAAGAGUUUACCACGGCUACCAGUUCCAAAGCUGGAAGACACAAUUAGGCGAUACUUGGCUGCCCAGAAGCCACUCUUAAACGAUGAAGAGUACAGUAAAACAGAGAAAUUGGCUCACGACUUCCAGAGUGGGGUGGGGAAAGAGCUGCAUGAGGAGCUAGUGGCUCAGGACAAGAACAACAAACACACAAGCUACAUCUCUGCACCGUGGUUCGACAUGUACCUCUCUGCUCGGGAUUCAGUGGUGUUGAACUUCAAUCCCUUCAUGUCUUUCAACCCUGAUCCCAAGCCUGAGUACAAUGACCAGCUAGUGCGGGCCACUAACAUGGUUUGCUCGGCUGUUCGCUUCAUGAAGACGCUGCGUGCUGGACUCCUGGAGCCGGAGGUUUUCCACUUGAAUCCUGCCAAAAGUGACACAGACAGCUUCAAAAAGCUCAUCCGAUGGGUGCCACCGGCACUGUCCUGGUAUGGGGCUUACAUGGUGAACGCCUACCCCUUGGAUAUGUCCCAGUACUUUCGGCUCUUCAACUCAACCCGCAUCCCCAGGCCUGGCCGGGAUGAGCUCUUCACUGACCAGAAGGGUCGCCACCUGCUGGUGAUGAGAAAGGGCAACAUGUACGUGUUUGAUGUGAUUGACCGUGACGGGAAUCUGGUGAAGCCGGCAGAGAUCCAGUCCCACUUAAAGUUCAUCCUAUCUGAUCCCACUCCAGCGCCCGCCUUCCCGCUGGGGUUCCUGACGAGUGAGAACCGGGAUGUGUGGGCAGGUCUUCGAGAGAAGCUGCUGGGUGCAGGGAAUGGAGACGUAUUAAGUCUAGUGGACAGUGCGCUGUUCUGCCUCUGUCUGGACGAUGAAUCCAUGCGCGACCACAUCCAUAUCUCUCACAACAUGUUGCAUGGUGAUGGCUGCAACCGCUGGUAUGACAAAUCUUUCAGCAUCAUCCUGGCCAAAGAUGGACAAGCAGCUAUCAACUUUGAGCAUUCUUGGGGGGAUGGCGUUGCUGUCCUCCGCUUUCAGAAUGAAAUCUUCAAGGACACUACAGAGCGGCCCCUCAUCAGCCCGGGCUCUCCGGCAGCUGCCGUUGAUUCUGCCUCUUCGGUGCGCCGGCUUGAAUUCAAACUGGACAGCGAGUUGGAAACUGGAAUUAGCAAAGCCAAAGAGAACUUCCAGGCAGCCAUCUCCAAGCUGACCAUCGAUGCCAUGGAGUUUAAGAAAGGGGGAAAGGAGAUACUGAAGAAGAAGAAGCUGAGCCCAGAUGCGAUGGCGCAGCUAGCCUUCCAGAUGGGCUAUCUGCGGCAGUACGGGCAGACAGUCGCUACCUACGAGUCCUGCAGCACCGCUGCCUUCCGCCACGGCCGCACUGAGACCAUCCGCCCAGCCAGUAUCCACACAAAGCGCUGUGCCCAUGCUUUUGUUCGCCAGCCCAGUCAGCACACUGUGGACCAGCUGCAGGGCAUGCUGCAUGACUGCUCCAAAUAUCACGGCCAGCUCACUAAAGAGGCUGCCAUGGGUCAGGGGUUUGACCGUCACCUGUUCGCCAUGCGAUACCUGGCCAAUUCCAAGGGAGUGCCUCUGGCUAGUCUGUAUCAGGACCCCGCUUAUGUGGCCAUCAACCACAACAUCCUCUCCACCAGCACCCUGACCAGCCCCGCUGUCAGCCUUGGCGGGUUUGCACCAGUAGUGCCUGACGGGUUCGGAGUGGGCUAUGGAGUCCACGAUGAAUGGAUUGGGUGCAACGUCUCAAGCUAUCCAGCCCGCAAUGUCCAUGAAUUCCUGCAGUGUGUCCACAAGUCCCUGGAGGACAUCUUCAGUGUCUUGGAGGGCAAAGCCCUCAGCUAGGGACUGUGCAGACAUUCUAACAGCAGCCACACCCACUGCAGAGAAGUAAAUGUAAGGCCAUAGGGAAGUAUAUGUGGUCAGUCCUAGCCAUUCUCCACAAGCUCUAAGGUAGUACCACACAUGGUCAUUUAGAAAUGGGAAGACAUACAUAACCAGAUCACGGUUAUGACAAACAUUUUGCAAGAUUUGGCAUUAAUUAUAUGUAGCAGAUUCAGUGCAAGCUUGGAUAAUUAGAAGUAUAAAAUCUCAGGUAAAAACUGUUCUCCUUCACUGGGUAUGUUGUUGUACAAUAAAUACGAAUACAUAAUAUUUUCAAUGUUAGACUGUGAAAGUAUACUUACUAUUCACUCUCUUCAGGAUUCUUUUUGUCAAGCUGUGGACAUCUUGAGGAUUAUUUAUUUUGGUAAUAAGAUUAGUGAUUGAAGGAUUCCAUUUUUAUGUCCUCCCUUGUCAAUGGAACUCAGUGUUUUCAGUAAAACUAAUUUAAGGCCUGUUUUUCAAAUGAGUUAAGCUGUGAGAGUAAGAUGAGUGUAUAUUAAGAACCACAGAUGUGGAAAAUAUUAAGAUAGCACUUCAGUACUUUUGCUAUUAAAUAUGGGAUGCAUAGUUUCCUCCUGUGCCUUAAAGAGAUCAUUGUUCACCAAUAGCUGA